AUGUCCAAAGAAAAGGCCGAAAGAAAGUACACCUCACUGGCUUGUCUGGAAUGUAGGAAGCGCAAGAUCAAGUGCAACGGCGAACGGCCCAGCUGCUCCAAUUGUACUUUGUACGUGGUCGAAUGUGCCUACGGUCAAGAUAGACGAAGGCUAUCGGAGAAUGUGCGCCGCAGGGGCAGUAUCUUAAAGGGUACCGUCAAAAAUGUGGAAUCUAGCAACCACAUCGGCACCAGGAAUGGAGGUUCGUUAACAGUUGAAAACGGCGCGGUAGACGCGCAGCUGCCAUGGACCGAUCUCGACUUAUCGAGCUUGAUGGAUGAAACUCAGCAGUCAGGACUUGUCGGCCACGGUGCUUCCUCAUUGGAAUUCUCCGAAUCUCAGCCUGGAUGGGACAUCCCGUCCACGGCUUUUGACCCGAUUGAAGCCAUGUCUCUCUUCGCUGAAGACUCAUUCAACCAAGCAAGCACUUCCACGCCUGGUCCGACGGAAGCCGGCCUAGGAGGGCAAUUCUCGACGGACGUUGCCCAUUUCGAUUGGCAUUCUCAGGAGCGAAGUCAGGUCGUGGUGGGUAUCCCCAGGUUCAAGGUACCUGGUGACACACUUGAGACGUCUCCUCGCAGUGUAGGAACUUCAUCAGCCAAUGUGGAAGUCAGGAGCAGUCUCGUCCCGAAGUCAAAAACUGGCACGAGUAGACCAGAACGCGAUGCGGCAUCCCUGAACGACGUUACCCGUCAGCUUACCAGCCGUCUAGGACGACUACAAAUUACCGAAGGUGGACAGGCUCGCUACUAUGGUGCUACGUCGAACCUGCACUUAUUGCACGGCAGUCCCAACUCUCUCGUUCAGCCAAACAUCCGCCACGUUGUUCAUCAUGGAGAUGCGGCUAUUGCCCAGGCCGGCCUUCGGUGGCAAGGGGAUCCAAGUUAUGAAGAACAUUUGAUCAAUCUUUUCUUCUCCUGGCACAAUGCCUUGAUGUACGUCCUGGACAAAGAUAUCUUCCUCAACGAACGGCAAAGGUUCCAAGAUGGUCAGCGCACCAAUCUUUACUCGCCAUCACUGGAGAACGCAGUAUUUACCAUAGGGUCUGCAUACACUGAUCGGACUCACCCUGAAGUCAACGACGCUACGGACGAAUUUUUUGCUUUUCGGAGCAAAAUAUACCUCGAAAUCGAGAUCGACAGCCCUACAAUUGCAACCGCUCAAGCACUAUUAAUCCUUUCGUCUCAUGAAGCCGCCCAUGCGCGCGAGUCGCGCGGCUGGAUUUACUCCGGAAUGGCUGUGCAGAUUAUGACUGAUCUUGGGCUACACCUGGACCUCAAGCAGGAACAUCCUCGACUGGAUACAAGGAGUUUGACCUGCCCCGGCGAUGUUUUGAUCUUACGUCGAAAUUUAUUUUGGUCCAUCAACACAAUCGAUACGCUCUGGAGCGCACACUGUGGAAGGCCUUCACUAAUGAAGAAUCUCCGACACAACGUACAAGAACCGCUUCCUUCGAGAACAUACCAAUGGGAAUACUACACUGAUCCGUAUAGCAGUCUCAAGUUUCCCCCGGCCUUCGAUUUCACUGCGGCUGCUCAUGUUCAUGUCCAUCUAGCCUCCCUCAUGAGAAUUUUGGCUCGGGUAUCUGACGUCUUGUACUCAGGUGUACCAGACAUCUCCGACGACAUUCAAGCGUUCGUCGCGCAGGCAGACCUUGAUUUCCAAGACUGGUUGUCAUCAUUGCCACAGAACUUACAGCUUGACAUGACAGGGGCAACCCCCUUCCAUAUACCAGCCGUUCUUGAGCUUCAUUUGAGUUACCACGAAUGCAUCAUCCUACUGCAUAGGCCGCUCAUUGCUCCGGAAGAUAUGGUGUUCCGCGACACUGCUACUUCCCUCAGCAGAUGCAUCGAAAGUGCUGAGCAAAUCUGCAAAAUCCUUGUCCUUUUCCGCCGAAUGUACGGCCUGAGGCGACCACAUCACCACAUGUGCCAUAUAACGAUGACAGCCGCGCUGAUACAUAUAUUCUGUCUUUGUGUUACAGAUGGGAAGCACGGAAAUAAAGAGCGCGCACAAAGACACUUCUUGACUUGCAUUCAAGCUCUAGGGGAAAUGGGUCAGACCUACAAGAGUGCCUCCAGGGGUCUCGACGUGAUUACCUCCCUCCGUCAAAGCUGGCAAGACGACACUUUUGCUGGGAACAGGUUUAAGAGGCCGAAGCUCGGUUAA